UCGCCGAGUCAGACGUAAGGUUCGAAAUCAAGCAGUCAUGGCUGGGGACGAGCUCAUUGAUUCGCGCGUCUCGGUGACCCAGUGCGAGCGCGCCGUCGAUGCCAUACAUGCCCACCAGACUAAGAAAACCGACAAGGAAUCAGCGAGUGAACUCUUACCUGGGAAAGAGCAGACCGUCUGGCUGAAUGUCGCAGUCAAGAAAGUCGCUGCUGAGAGGAAGAUAAUGCCUGUACGAAUUCCUGUGGUUCAUCCCAUUGUCGACCCUCGGACGUCGGGCGUCUGCCUCAUUACAAAGGACCCCCAGCGGGAAUACAAGGAUCUACUGGAGGCUAAGGAUAUAAAGUUUAUUUCUCGUGUCGUUGGUAUUAGCAAGUUGAAGGGGAAAUUCAAACCUUAUGAGGCUCGAAGAAUACUGCUGAAGGAACAUGGGCUGUUUUUGGCUGACGAUCGAGUUAUCCCUUUGCUUCCAAAAUUGUUGGGCGAAAAGUGGUUCCGAGCAAAAAAGCAACCCAUCCCUGUUACCAUGACUCGCAAGGAUCUCAAAAAAGAGCUUGAACACGCUGUGCAGUCGACGUACAUGAACCAGAAUCGUGGUACUAAUACUGCAAUAAAAAUUGGAAACAUGUCCCACACGCCUGCUCAGAUUCUCGCAAAUCUAAAGACUGCUCUCCCUGUCGUCGCCAAACGUAUCAGCGGUGGAUGGGACAACAUACAAGCUCUCUCCAUCAAGACUAACUCCAGUGUCUCGUUGCCAAUUUGGAGCUGUUCUUUAGGAGACGAGGAUGGUGGUCGAUGGGCAGGCUUGGGCGCAGUCGUCGACGCCGAUGCGGAGGACGAGGACAGUGACGGCGAUGAUGACGAGGCUAUGAAAGUUGAUGAGCCUGCCUCGAAAAAACCUCCAUCCGGUGGAAAGAAGCGUGCUGCUGCAGAUGACGAGGUCGAAGAAACCUCUAAGCCCAAAAAGAAAGCAAAAGCUACCGAGAACAAGUCUGCACCGGAGCCAUCCAAGUCCGUGAAAGGGAAGGCUCCCAUUCCGGCAGAAUCGUCGUCGAAGAAGGAAAAAGUGAAAGCCAUUCAUUCCCCCCCUGCAAAGGUCUCCGCGGAUUCGUCGAAGAAGUCGAAGGUUCUAGCUCCCAAUGAUACCAUUCCACCUGUGACCACGACCACGCCCUCCACUAAUACCGCCUCUACCAACUCUAGCAAGUCGAAGAAACUCAAAGCCAAAGCCUCUUCGGACGCUUCAGUCCCCGUUCCUGCUCCAGGGCCUUCACCCGCUUCGGAGACCAAGAAAUUGAAGAAGAAGGCCUCGAAAAUUACUCAGCCGGUCAAGAAAGAUGAAGGAGCGGGCGCGAAGCUUGCUAAAAAGCACAAGAGUGUCAACAAGGAGAUCGAUACCCCCAGUACAGCAGACGAUGACGCGAAAAACAAGAAGGCUUCUUCCAAGGAGACUGUUUUGCUGCUGCCAGAGCCUGCCCCUGUCGAUGAAUCUUUCAAGAAGGAUAAGAAGCGUAAAAAGGCCAAGUCAGCGGAAGAUGGCGGGGCUCAGGCCCCGGUUGACUCUCUUACUGCGGAUGACCUCAAGAAGAAACGCAGCGUUGCCCCAGGUGAGAAGAAAAAGGAUAAGGUAGUCAAGGCGAAGGGAGGCAAGAGCGCGAAGAAUGAGAUUAUUGGGAAAAAAUCGGUUUUAGCAUAGCACUUGUUUUGUCGGACGUUAAACCUUUGGUCGGUUAGUUCAGUUGCCGAUUGCCGGCCCUCAUUGCUGUGGCCCAACCAAAAUCGAUGGUUGCUUCCGUACCGCCAUGACUGCAAGGCAGCGGACUUCGACAAAAAUUUG